AUGCCGAAUAACCUACCCAGUUCAGGCGCGACGAGCCGACCCCGCCGGAGCUCGCUGACCGACAGGAACAUCGACAUCAUGCGCGAGCACUGCGACAAGGUCAUAUCGACUCCUAUUAACCAAGAAGAAGCUGUUGAAGGAGCGGAACCCGUGCGCACAAAUAGGCAACACUGGGAGGAGCACGUCAGCGACGAGAUCGAGGAGAGACUUCGAGCGUACAUCCGGACGCGGUGGAAAAGCAACCCAACUCGUCAAGCAAACCUGACGGAAGUUGUGCCGUUGCAGGAAGGCUCAGAAGAUAUUCUACUGGAAGACCUGCCAGCGGAACAGGAGAUUGAACUGAGGACGGCUAGCGCGUUCGCGUUGUCGCGGUCCCUCACCUCAGUUCAGCAGAACGGGACCGUUAAAGUAUCCGAAGGCGGGCCACGUCAAGUCCAAGAAGCUGUCGCGGGCUCAGUGCCUCUUCUGCGGUAG